AGGGUUCAGACCGAUGGUAGACGUGUGGUCACAGCUCAUUGCGAUAGUUUCAUCUUCUGGGACUUGGCCUCAGCGCUUCCCACGCGUAUCCUGCGCGAGGCCACGACCCCAAGGAAGGCCGCAGCGGCAGUGACGUGCCUGGCGUUCUCCCGGGAUGGCCAUAUGUUGGCUGCUGGCCACGCCGAUGGCAGGUUGACUCUGCUGGACCUCCGCGCGCUGCGCACGGGCGAGAAAGGCGCCUCCUCGACCCAUGCGGCGCACCGAGGUGCAGUGCAGGCGCUGUGCUGGAGCAAGGCGAAGACCAAGCAAAACAACGAUGUGCUCUUCUCAUCCUCCGGAUCUCACUUGCUGAUGCGGGAACUCUCUGGGUUUCACGGCUGCAAAGGUUUCGCCAAGUUCAGAAAACCGAUGUCAAGCUCGCCAUGGACCACGUGCUUUGCUGCCACGCGACCGUCGGGCAUACCUUGGUCCUAGGGACAUCACUCUGAGGAUUAUCCUGAGAAUUUGAACUUG